AUGUUUGCCUAUCUUUAUCUUUUUUCAAUCUCUCUUUAUGAAAUAUUUACCCUCCCUCUCUCUCUCUCUCUCUUUCUUUUUCAGUCUCUCUCAAGCUCUCUUUAUAAAAUAAUAUUUGCUACUCACUCUCUCUUUCUUUUUCAGUCUCUCUCAAUCUCACUUCAUGAAAUAUUCGCCCCCUCUCUCUCUCUCUCUCUCUCUCUCUACCCCCCUCUCUCUCUCUCUCUCUUUCUUUUUCAAUCUCAAUUUAUGAAAUGUUUGCUCCCCUCUCUCUCUCUCUCUCUCUUUCAAUCUAACUUUAGGAAAUUGUCUCUCAAUCUCUCUUAUGAAAUGUUGCCCCUCUCUCUCUCUCUCUUUCCUUUUCAAUUUCUCUUUACGAAAUAUUUGCUCCACACUCUCUUUCUUUUUCAAUCUCUCUUAAUCUCACUUUAUGAAAUAAUUGCUUCAAAAUACUUCGCAUAUUCACUUGGCUAUCGACAUUGUUAUUCUCCUGUCUCUACUCUCCCCGAUAAUCUCCAGCCACUUAGAUUUCUUUCUUCGUCUUUUUCUUUCGCUCUCAUUUUCUCCCUCUUUAUAUUACCCAUUCAAAAUCACCAUAAAGUAUUGAUUUCUGUGUCUACAUUCUUUCUUUCUUUCUUUCUUUCUUUCUUUCUUUCUUUCUUUCUUUCUACCUACCUACCUACCUACCUACUAUCUAUCUAUCUAUCUCUUUUCAUUAUCUAUCGAUCUCAGCCCUUUCAUAUCUAUCCCUGUUCAUGCCUAUCUAUCUAUUCACGUAUGUCUUUUCGUUUCUUUGUAUAUAACUCUUCCCCACUCUCCAACUCUCUUUCACUUAUCUAUCUAUCUAUCUAUCUAUCUAUCUAUCUAUCUAUCUAUCUAUCUAUUUAUUCACGUAUGUCUUUUCGUUUCUUUGUAUUUAACUCUUCCCCUCUCUCCACCUCUCUCUCACUUAUCUAUCUAUCUAUCUAUCUAUGUAGUUAG